AUGAGGGGAUAUAUUCCAUUUCAGAGCUUUGCACGACGAGCGAACCGCGUGGUGUUGAGCAAUGGCGCCUCCCUGAUAUCGAAACGGGGCUUUUCGACCCCAGUGAAAUCGCAGGGCACAUUGCCAUUGGCCGGUAUACGCGUCGUGGAUAUGACCAGGGUGCUUGCGGGUCCCUACUGUACACAAAUCCUAGGCGAUUUAGGUGCAGAAGUGAUUAAGAUUGAACAUCCUGUUCGUGGAGAUGAUACUAGAGCUUGGGGCCCUCCAUACGCCAAAUACAAGAAAGGAACCAAAGACGGCCCAGGCGAGAGUGCCUACUAUCUAGCAGUGAACCGAAAUAAAAAAUCCCUAGCUCUUUCAUUCGCCCAUCCUCGGGGGAUUGAUAUCCUCCACAAGCUUGUCAAAGAUGCCGACGUGCUCGUCGAGAACUACAUACCCGGCUCGCUGAAGAAAUAUAAAUUGGAUUACGAAACUCUUAAUUCUCUCAAUCCUCGGCUGAUCUACGCGAGUAUCACCGGAUACGGCCAAACUGGUCCCUACAGCCAAAGGGCGGGUUACGACGUAAUGGUUGAAGCUGAGAUGGGGUUGAUGCACAUUACCGGAGCAAGAGAUGGCCCUCCAGUGAAAGUCGGUGUCGCCGUUACCGAUUUGACUACCGGAUUGUAUACGUCGAAUGCUAUCAUGGCUGCACUUUUGGCGCGGGCGAGAACAGGCCAAGGGCAGCACAUCGAUUCCGCUCUAAGUGACUGUCAAGUGGCUACGCUUUCAAACCUUGCCAGUUCUGCUCUGAUUAGCGGCGAAAAGGAUUCAGGAAGAUGGGGCACUGCUCACCCAUCUAUCGUCCCAUAUCGAGGAUACAAAACUAAGGAUGGCGACAUUCUUCUUGGUGGUGGAAACGAUAAUCUAUUCGGUAUCCUCUGCCAACGAUUAGGCCAUCCAGAGUGGAAAACAGAUCCUCGAUUCGUCACCAACAAUCUUCGCGUCAAAAAUCGACCUGUAAUUGACGGUCUGAUUGAGGAGACCGUCAAGCAAAAGACGACACAAGAAUGGCUGGAGAUUCUAGAAGGCAGUGGCAUGCCUUAUUCGGCUGUGAAUGAUAUUCAAGGGACUCUCAACCAUACUCAUGUUCGGGCUCGUGGUAUGGUGCAAGAGAUUGAGCACCCUGUCUGCGGACCUAUCGAGCUUGUCAAUACACCGGUUAAGUAUUCCCACGCGACUCCUGGCAUUCGAUUGCCGCCUCCUACCCUUGGACAACAUACAAAUGAGGUUCUCCAGGAUCUGGGUUUUGGGAGUGAGAAUAUAGAUCGAUUGCGACAAGAGGGUAUUGUUUCAUAA